AUGAGAUCGAAUCUCUUUGCUCUAAGCUGUGCUCUGUUGGCAAUCCUCAUUGCCAAUCUUCCCGCUGGAGAGGCUGUAUCCUGUUCAGUUGAUCCAAGCCUUGUUGAUUGUACUGACUGCUCACUGAGUGCAAAUGCUGCCAAUGUUGAUUGCGUAGCUGCAGCGGAUCCCUCAUCCGAUCCCUCAUCCGAUCCCGCAGCCACAGAUGAUGAAACUGAUGUAACUCCAACUUCAACUGCCGCUUCCGCUGACGAUAGUGACGAUGCUACUACUGAGACAACAACUGCGAAGGACUGCGACUGUCGUCACCAUGGACGCAGACGCGGUGAUCGAUGGGGACGUGGACGUGGACGCCGUGGCGGUCGUCGAGGCCGUGGAAGACGUGGUGGUCGUGGAGGUCCUGGUGGUUGGGGUCGCGGAUGGGGCGGAAGGCGCGAUGACCGUUGGGGUGGUUGGUAA